AUGUACGAGAUGAUGCAGCACAUUGUGGCAAAGUGGCAAACCAGCGACAGCAACAGCGACACCUGCAGCAGCAGCAACGACGACAGCAGGCACAGAUCAGGAGACCAUCCCCAGCCAGCGAGCUUGUGUAACCACUUUGCAGCAUCUGUUGGGGACAGCUUCACGGUGCUUUACAUCAGCCGAGAUGCCGAUGUUGUCCGACAGCGACAGAUGGAGGAAGGCGUGGCUGGAUUGUGGAAAGCCGAACGCAUCUCCGCUGUUGAUGGUGCUGAGCGGGACAACGUGAUGAAGCGCCUGGCCGGCACGCCGCAGGAGGCGCAAUCGUCAGUGGAACAGCUGGUCGCUCAGCCGAACAAGCCUCCUGCAGUCCACCUGAAGGAGGCCGCCGUCGCCAUCUCGCACCUCGAUGCCAUUCAGCGUCUGCCAGAGGGGUGGAAGCUGGUUCGUCUUGCGAUGACCACAUAUGAGCACGAGUGGAACAAGAUCCUCAAGGAGUGGCAGGGCGAGGCCGCCUUUGCCCCAAAUUCAACCGACGUGAUGCGGAUGCCGUUUGUGGAGCUGGAUGCGGCCGACCCAACACAGCCGCUCAAGGUCUGGCUGGAGAAACUCCCCGUCUUUCCUUGCAUCGUCUCCGACGAGUGCAUUCUGGACCGCAUCGCUGCCAACCACAUGUACAUCGCCAGCCCACCACUGCUCAACAUCCCGGAAGGGCGACUGGACCAGCCCGACAGCACCGUGCGGGACCACGUCAAGGACUUCCACGUGAGCUCCCGUCUGCACUCGCUGGAUUGGGCUGCGCACAAGUUCCACGAAUGCACAACAAAGGCCCCAGACCAGCGAAUGAUGGCAAACUUGGACUGCGGUGACGUUGUCCCCCCACCGUCUUGA